UUGCAGAAAAUAAAGACAGCCACGGAUUUGACAGAGUCGAGGACUAUGCACCCCAUAAAUGAUGGGUCUAUGAAAGUGUCGAAUUUAAAUCAGGAUUCGGAAGACGAAAGCUUUGAUUCUGAAGAGGAAGAGCAUACCUUCAACUACAUUGAUGGAAACGACAUAUUCAAGGAAAAAACCAAAAAACCCAAAAAGGCAAUAACGGCUGAGGAAAAAGAAGCAAACCUCAAAGAAGAGAUGAUUGCACUGCUUCGCAAGGAAAAUUUAAUAAAAGUGCGUGGAAAAAACAUACCCCCACCUAUGACCUCGUUUGAAGAAUUGCUGAAGGAAUAUAAUAUGUCUGAUCGUCUUUUACAAAAUCUUGCUUCUGCUUCAUAUAGGUCUCCAACCCCCAUUCAGAUGCAGGCUAUGCCCCUUCUGUUACAGGGUCGCAAUGUGAUGGCUUCUGCGCCUACUGGUUCCGGCAAAACCAUCGCCUUUUUGGCGCCCUUAAUCAAUGAUUUGCGCAAGCCAAGCAAAGUUGGCUUUCGUGCUGUUGUUUUGGCGCCUACACGUGAAUUGGCGGCACAAAUUUAUAGGGAAUGUGUGCAACUAGCACAACAUACAGCUUUGAAAAUUCACUUUCAGACUAAACAACCAAAUAAUAAUUCUGCUGCGGGUCAUAGCAAUAAGAAGUAUGACAUACUGAUAUCAACACCAAAUCGGGUACGUUUUCUGUUAGAGCAAGAGCCACCAGCACUACAAUUAGCAGGGUGAGUCCUUUUAACCAAAAAUGUAUUACCAAAAAAUUUCCAUUUGCAAAAUCCAACAUAAUUUAUAUGUAUGUAUGUAUGUACAUAUACGGAGGUGGUCAAAGCGGAGGAAUGGUGUUUCGUUCUUAUACCCGAGUGCACAAAGGUUUUAUAACUUUGUUCACAUGGCGGUUGUUUGUAGCAGCCAAAACGAAUACAGAUUGGUAUAGACAAUUGUAUACAUAAAUGAUCAGAAUGAA